CUUGCAUCAAUUUUGAUUAGCCUUGUCUUUGUUUUCGGUCCCAUAGAUUGGGAUUUUAGGGUUACACGUUGAAAACCUGGGGAUUGAGAGUGUUUUUAAUUUUAAGAUUUUAAGAUUUUACUUUUUUUCUUUAUUUGUCUUUAAUAUUUAUUUUCAAAAUGAAAUAAUUUGUUAACCGAAUUGCCCUUCCACAACUAACAGAAAUUAAAAGAAAUUGAGAGAAAUUGAGGAUUGUUUGUUCUCCAUAGUUAUGCUCCAUGGAAGACAUAUUAGAACCAGCUGUGAAUCUCGUUGAGAACCUACAUAAAAAAGGCUUCGAUGAAGGCUACGGAGACGGCCUAGUCGCCGGAAAAGAGGAGGCAAAGGAAGUGGGCCUCAAGCACGGCUUUGAGGUGGGCGAGGAGCUCGGCUUCUACCGGGGCUGCGUGGACGUGUGGAACUCUGCAAUCCGGGUCGACCCGACACCGUUCUCGCUUCGGGUCCAGAAGGGUGUGAAGCAGAUGGAGGAGUUGAUUGAGAAAUACCCAGUUAUGGAACCCGAGGACGAGAGCGUUCAAGAUGUAAUGGAGGCUCUGAGGUUGAAGUUCAGGGCGAUUUGUGCUUCAAUGGGUGUGAAAUUGGAGUAUAAGGGGUAUCCGGGAGCUGCUUCUGAAGCUAAGCAGUUGUCGUAUUGAGUUGGGUUCUUGUCGUUUUACUGUAAUGGGUUAGUCUCAAGUUGAUGUUUUGGUUGAGGGAGGAGUGUGAGUUGGUCAAUUGCUUUCUGGGUUGUGCUUGUGAGUGUUCCUCCUGGUCUAGUUCUCUAAUCUUCGUCUAGUUUUAGAUUUGUUCUUUACUCAUAGAGUUUCCUAUUAUGUAUUGCUGAAAUUAUGAUAUGAUUCUGGUUUUGUUCUUCAUGGUAAUCUGAUGAACUCUAUUGUUUUCUAUAUGUUGAGUCUCAGUAAAUUAACUGCAAGACAAGGUUCUUUGGCAAUUUCA